AUGUCUUUCAAGAUCACGGUCAUUCUCCGUGCAUCAAGGGUGGAGAAGUGGAUCCGCGCCGUCAAGAGGAACUUUCUCGACGCCGCACCAAUCAAGUGCGUCGGCUUGGACUGCGAGUUCACCAACCAUCGCGAGGGUAAUCAGCGCGCCGCCGUCCUUCAACUCUCGGUGGCGACCGAGAAUUUGGUCUUCCAGAUUUGUUGGGCGGAUGAAGUGCCACAACUGCUGAAGGAUUUCUUGCAGGACAAUAUCAUCCAAUUCUGCGGCGCGGCUAUCGGCAAAGAUGUGGAAAUGCUGAGUCCCUACGGUAUUGAUAUUUCUUCUGCGUGCGACCUCCAAAAGAUACUCCCGAACCCCACCAACAAGCCCAUUCCAAGUCUGUAUGAUCUGGCAAAUGCUACUGUUGGCACAAAUCUUGAGAAGAAGAAGAGGAAGAGGGACAAGAAGAACACGAAGAAGUACGACGAGAAAGAAGAUGAACUUAUUUUUGGAUGGAGCAAUUUUUCAUUGAGCUAUGAGCAAGUGCACUAUGCCGCUCUAGACGCUCGCCUGUGCUUCGAGAUGGCUAGGAGUCAUUGGAGGCUAGUUGGCUACAAUAGCCAUGUUGAUCGUCUCAAUAUUUAA